CCUUUCUAAUCUCAUCUCAUCUCCCCUCCAAAUUUAGAAAGAAUUCCGAUCUUCUCUCUGAUCUCGAAUUUCCCCGCUCCGCUCCCUUCAUGGAAGAUUGGUCGAUCCCGAUUCCAUCUCUUUAAUUUUGAAUUUGACUUGAUCCGAUCCUGUUUUUGCUCAAGUUUUAGGCUCUGGUUCUUCGAGUUCAGAUGCGAGAAGAGCUAGGGUUUUGAGAUCGAGUCGUGUGCUUUUGGGGUUAAUUGUCGGGUGAAACGAUGGCGGAUGCUCGGCGGUAUGGAUUGACCCCUCAGUUGGAUAUUGAGCAGAUACUUUUGGAAGCACAACGUCGAUGGUUACGCCCCACAGAAAUUUGUGAAAUUCUUCAGAACUAUAGGAAAUUUCGUAUUGCCCCAGAACCGCCAAAUAAACCUCCUAGUGGUUCACUUUUUCUUUUUGAUCGGAAGGUAUUGAGAUACUUCCGGAAGGAUGGCCAUAACUGGAGAAAGAAAAAAGAUGGAAAGACUGUGAAAGAAGCUCAUGAGAGGCUAAAGGCUGGAAGUGUUGAUGUUCUACAUUGCUACUAUGCUCACGGGGAAGAAAAUGAAAAUUUCCAAAGACGGAGUUAUUGGAUGUUGGAAGAAGACUACAUGCAUAUUGUUCUUGUACACUAUCUUGAAGUCAAGGGUAACAAACCAAGUUUCGGUCGUACUAGAGAUGUCCAAGAAACUGCUCAAGUUGUCAAUAUGGAUAGUCCUGUCUGUUCUAAUUCUUUCACAAAUCACAGCCAGCUGCCUUCACAAACUACGGAUGCUGAAAGCCCAAAUAGUGCACACACUUCAGAAUAUGAAGAUGCGGAAUCUGCAGAUAACUAUCAAGCAAGUUCCAGAUACAACUCUUUCCUUGAGAUGCAGCAGUAUGGGGAUGGACCUGUGAUGGAUGUACGUCUGCGGAACCCCCAUUUUCCAAUUGCUUCCAUCAAUAACCAAUGUGAUAUUCAGGGAACACAGGCUGCGGAACCUAAAUCAGAUUUUAAUUCAGUUGCUCAAGAGGAUUUCAUGAGAGUUUUUGAUGGAACAGGCCUUGGAUUAACUUUUAGUGGGCCCAGAACCCAGUAUGAUCUGACAUCAUGGGAUGAAGUCCUGGAACAUUGUACAACAGGGUUCCAAACCCCACCUUUCCACCCAGGACAGGCUGCGGCAGUGGAGGAUAAUCCUAGACUUGAGACUUCAACCGGGGAACUAUAUACAGAUGAACUUGGGGUUAAGCAAGUGGAUGUUACCACUACUCUAGACAAAUCAUUGUGGCAGCUUACCACUGCUGACAUUGGUUUACUUGGUACAUCAAAUGCUGUUCUGGAAAAUGGCAUGUCUAUAGAGGAAAAUGUCAAUGCCCCAUUCCUUAUAAAACAGGCAUCCUUAGAUUUCUCUAAUAUGGAAAGGGAAGGCCUAAAGAAAUAUGACAGUUUUUCAAGAUGGGUGAGCAAAGAACUUGGAGAGGUGGAUGACUCACAUCCAAUAUCCAAUUCUGGGGUUUACUGGGACACUGUUCAAAGUGAAAGUGUUAUUGAAGAUUCUGGCAUGUCUAAUCAUGCGCGCUUAGAUGCGUAUAUAAUGAGCCCCUCACUUUCCCAAGACCAGCUUUUCAGUAUAAUUGAUUUCACUCCUAAUUGGGCAUACACUGGCAUGGAGACUAAGAUUUUAAUUACUGGAACAUUCUUGAAGAAUAAAGAAGAUGUGGAAAAAUGUCAAUGGUCAUGCAUGUUUGGGGAAAUUGAAGUUCCAGCUGAGCUUUUAGCAGAUGGAACUCUUCGUUGCCAUGCUCCAUUACACAAAUCUGGAAGGGUUCCUUUUUACAUCACCUGCUCCAAUAGGUUGGCUUGUAGUGAAGUGCGGGAAUUUGAAUUCCGGGUUGAUGAUGCUCAAGAUAUGGAGACUUUGGAUUCUCAUGGUUACGAUACAAAUGAAAUGCAUCUUCAUGUACGUCUGGAAAAGCUACUUAAUUUGGGACCAGUUGAUCAACAAAAAGUGGUAGCUAAUAGUGUCAAGGAGCAUCUUCAUUUAAGCAAUAAAAUUAGUUCACUGAUGAUGGAAUUCGACGAUGAGUGGUCCAAUCUGCUUAAGCUAACUCACGAGGAAGGGUUUUCUCCUGACAAUGCUAAGGACCAGUUGCUUGAAAAAUUAAUGAAAGAGAAACUGCAUUCCUGGCUUCUUCACAAAGUAGCUGAAGAUGGUAAAGGCCCCAAUGUCUUAGAUAAUGAAGGACAGGGUGUGCUUCAUUUAGCAGCUGCUCUUGGUUAUGAUUGGGCUAUAAAACCAACAAUUACUUCAGGUGUAAAUAUUAACUUCAGAGAUGUUCAUGGAUGGACUGCCCUUCACUGGGCAGCAUAUUGUGGCAGAGAGCGCACAGUUGUUGCCCUAAUUGCCCUGGGUGCAGCUCCUGGAGUUUUAACAGAUCCUACUCCUGAGUUCCCAACUGGAAGAACACCUGCAGAUCUAGCGUCUGCAAAUGGGCAUAAGGGGAUUGCUGGCUUCCUGGCAGAGUCUUCUUUGACUAACCAUCUUUCAACUCUCACUUUAAAGGAGUCAGAAGGCAGUGAUAUAGCAGAACUAUCUGGUAUUACAGAUGUUGAAGAUGUUGUAGAAAAGAGUGCCAUUCAGGUUGCUGAUGGGGACUUGCAGGCUGGACUUUCACUGAAGGACUCAUUGACUGCUGUCCGCAAUGCUUCUCUAGCUGCAGCUCGAAUCUAUCAAGUUUUUAGAGUCCAUUCAUUCCACAGAAAAAAGCUUAUUGAGUAUGGAGAUGACAAAUGUGGAACAUCAGAUGAGCGUGCUCUUUCACUCAUAUAUCUCAAGACGGCCAAGCCAGGACAACAUGAUAUGCCCCAGCACGCUGCUGCAAUUCGUAUACAAAACAAGUUUAGAGGGUGGAAAGGAAGAAAGGAGUUUUUGAUUAUUCGGCAGCGUAUUGUUAAGAUCCAGGCCCAUGUACGAGGACAUCAAGUUAGGAAACAUCACAAAAAAAUUAUCUGGACAGUUUCAAUUGUGGAGAAAGCUAUAUUGCGGUGGAGGCGGAAAGGGAGUGGAUUACGUGGUUUCCGGUCUGAAGGUCUACUGGAGGGUCGUAGCACACAAAACCAAGCAGUGAAAGAGGAUGAUUAUGACUUCUUGCAAGAAGGCAGAAAACAGACUGAGGCCAGGCUACAAAAAGCACUUGCAAGGGUGAAAUCUAUGGUUCAGUAUCCAGAAGCAAGAGAUCAGUACCGAAGGCUUGUAAAUGUUGUCACUGAGCUCCAGGAGUCCAAGGCCAUGCAAGAUAGAAUUUUGAAUGAGUCGUCGGAGGCUGCUGAUGGUGAUUUCAUGAUUGAACUAGAAGAGCUCUGGCAGGAUGACACCCCCAUGCCCACAGCUUGAUAAGGUUAAGUUUGCUUUCAUAUACUGAAGGAUUGCAUCUGUGUACCAUCCAACUGCUGCUGUAAAUUAUCAAAUGUGGAUUUUGGACCUCUUGGUAAACAUACAGCUGUAUAUACUUCACUCAUUAUAUGUAACUUAGGAAUGGAGUUAUAGAUAUCAAUGUUUUGCAUUAAAUUCUCUUC